AAACUUCAAAUCCUGUAUCUGCAAUCGCGAUUGCGCGAGCCCCUAUUAAAAAUGUGUUGCGCCGCCACUGAGGGGUAACAGGUGUCAGGUGCAUUAGCCGCCUGCAUCCUCCACCGGAGGGCAGCACAAAAUGCAAUCGCGCGACUCGUGAACGAUCCCCCAACUCAUCUCUGUACAAAAAUCCGUGAUUUCACUAUCUAACCAAUUCUAACCUCCAAAUAAAUUUUAUACUUUAUUAUUUUCUGGAAGAUACUUUAAAAGAAACGACAAAAUGAGAGAAUUUCCACUGUCGGAAUGCGAACGGAAUUUCGUGACUCGAGCCGCGGCAGAGGAUACGAGAUUGGACGGCAGAGCAUUGUUAGAGUCUCGGCCUGUGAAAAUUUAUUUCGGUUCCAACUGGGGAUGCUGUCUCACGGUGCUUGGACAGACCAGAGUCGUAGCUCAAGUAUCCUGCGAUAUCCAGCAACCGAAGGCAUCGCGUCCGAACGAGGGAAUGUUAUACAUAAACGUGGAACUUAAUCCACUGGCUGCGCCUCAUUUUGAAGGGAAUCGUCAAUCGGAUAUCGCUGUGGUACUUAAUAGACAAUUAGAAAAAUGUUUCAAAGAUUCCAAAUGCAUUGACUUAGAGUCUCUGUGCAUUGUGGCUGAUAAACAGGCAUGGAAUAUACGAGUCGACGUGAGUAUCAUCAAUCACGAUGGCAACUUGAUAGAUUGCGCAUCAAUUGCUACACUUGCAGCGCUAUCCCACUUCCACAGACCCGACGUCACUGCGACUGGAAACGAGAUUAUUGUGCAUCCAUUUUCCGAGAAGGAUCCAUUACCUAUGACGUUAUUUCAUUAUCCAGUGUGUGUUUCCUUCAUCACCUUUGAAAACGGGAAGAUAGUAAUGGAUCCCACGUAUCUGGAAGAAAGAAUUGCAGUUGCACAACUCACAAUGGGAAUCAAUUCAUAUAGAGAACUGUGUUGUCUCUAUUUUGAAGAUCUAGCAAAGAUAAUGGUCGAUUGUGACAUCAUAUCCGAAGUGUCCGAUCAUGCAGCUGAUUGGUCUGUUAAAUUGGUACAGCAGAUUAAAGCCGCUGUCAGUGCGGAUGUAAAUGCAAGGUAUAGAAAGGAAGAGUGCCCGGAGUAUCGCUUUAAAGACUGCGUGGCAGUGAAAAAUUUAAAGACACUGAUUAGCGAACGAGUUCACAUAAAAUUAGCAAAAUGGGAGAGAGACCCGAGAUUAGAUGACGAAGGGUCUGAAAUGGAUGUGAGCGAUGACGAGAUAAUUGAAUACGACGAACAGAUUAUAAAGCUUGGCGAAGGAUCUGCUGAACUCGUAACACCUGAGAUGAACGAUUAAACUCGAUACUGGGAUUUAAUGCGAAUUAAUCUAUAUUCUAUAUAUAUAUAUAAUCUAUAUAGGGAUUAUUAAUCAAGGAACUCGGUAAAGCUUCACGUAAUGAGAUAUACGCGCCCGGCACGUUUUGUCGUACCAUUACACUCAUUGUGGAAGUAUCAAAAGGGAUAAUUAUUAAGAGCUAACAUGCCGAGGACAACUGUACAAAUGUAUGAAUAAAAAAAAAUUGAUAAGUUA